AUGGAAGGUGGCAGCCCCAGUGCUAUUUGCACACCACCUGCGUUGCAGCUGUCAGAGUUGGUUAGUGGCUCAGGCUCUAGCUCUCAGUGGGAUGAACCACGCACCCCCCGGCCUACAUCAUCCACCAAAUCAACGGCACAUCCACAUCCACAUCCACCCGCGUCCGCGAGCCUUCAAGCACAAAGUCCCAGACGACAUCGUCACACUCUCCCAUCACCAGCGCUUACGAGUCCAUCGCCUCAGAAGGAGCCUGGCGCAGACGGUUAUCUCUCUCGGCUAUUGCGCCUGGCGCAACACACUCCGACCCGCGCGCAACACGCCAGCACCAGCUCCGCCAUGACCGAUUUCCUCGCGAGCUUCGGUCUCGGCGCGCAGUCGCCAGCUGUGUCGAGCAACCCGCAGUGCGACUCGGUCGAGGAGCUCCAGCAUCAAUUGCGAGGCAUUUUAGACGCCAAGGCGACACCGACCCACGCCGAACAUGUAGCGAUUACUAUCGAAUUGAGGGCUACGGUCCGGUUCCAGUUGGCUGUGUCAGAGCCGGAGAAUGGAGUCUUGAAGAAUUUAAACAACCUUGAUCCGUCGCUGGAAGGUGCGCAAUCUUCUGGUAUGAAUGAUGAUCAGAAUGGAGCACAGCUAUCGCGUGUUGUUUUCGCCAACGACACCCUCAUGAACCAGCCGCAAGAUGAUCCGGCACUCCAACGAUCGGUCGCUAAACAUAUCAUCUCGACGAUCAGCUCAACAGAUGGAAGUACUUGGAUUGUUCGGGAGGUUUCGCGGGGAACACAAGGUUGGACGUUUACGUAUCUUUGCAAGGAUUCUUAUCAGCAAUGGAAUCGACAGAAUGCGAAGAACCCAACAAAGACAGUAGUGGGCGAGUUCAGUCAGAGAGAGCCAGACCCAAUAUUGCACACACGACCUGCGUUCGACUGCCGCGGAUCCAUCACCAUUGCCUUUAACCGCAGCAGCCGCUCUAUUACAGUGAAACACGAUCAUACUCCUCUGCACAUGACAGUCGCUGAGCUUGCCACCCGUUUCAAACCUGCUCCUCGACAACUAGGACCAGGUGCACAGAAACUACAGGAGCAGCAACAAAAGGCCAAGGAGAAGACACCAAAGAAGCCCAGAGGCGAGAGGAAGAAACGAGACUCGCUCAAGGCGCAGGAUGAGAAUGGCAACCCGCGAAAACGAAAGAAGAAGAACAACGGCGCAGCCCACACAUGGGAUUCAGCUAAUGAACCUAUGAUAAUCCCAGACUAUCCUGGAGCACCAGGAAUUGACGGACAAAACCAUGCUGGAUCAUCGUAUACCAACAGUGGACAAGCCAGUAAUGGACAGCAAGGUUUCAACGAUUAUCCACAGGGACUGAUGGGAGAUGGCGCAUCAGCAACAGCAAAUGGCACUGCGUCCCAGCAGACGGGCCAGCCUGGUUCAGCUUCUUUCCCAGUCAAUGUCUCAGCAGCAGAGGCAGCACGACGACGAGAGGCAGCCACGACAAUGCUUAGCAAUGCGGGCGUAGACCCUACUACACUAUCGGCCGAUCAGUUUGGUAUCUUUGCAAAUCAGGCACCUGAGCUGCAGCGCGAGUCGCUUAACAUGCUUGUCAAGUACGGCGCAGAACGUCUGAGAAUUGUUCACCCUGGUAACAGGGAGGGUUCGGCACAGGCAAGUGCGUCUUCGCAGAGCAGCCAGACGACCUCGUCCUCAAGUGGACCAAUGACCACCAAGGAACUCGUGCCUCAGUCCAGCGCGCAGAGCAGUGCGAAUGCAGACAUCGCCGCUUCUCAAGCUGACGAUGACUCGACGUCUAAACGUAAGACGAAGAAGAUGAGCAAGUCGCGGACAGCUUGUUUCCCUUGCAAGGCACGAAAGACUAAGGUUAACAUCCGAAAACACACUCACUUGUACAAAGCUAACUACAAAAAGUGUCCAAGGGAGAGACCUACCUGUACUGAAUGCUCGAACUACGGGACUUCAUGUGAAUAUGCACCCCAGAAACCAAGAAACAGGGGGAAAGCAGCCAAGAAAUCUGCGGCUAUCGUUGUUGACGACGAUGAGGAAGACGAAGAAGAGGAUGGACCAGAGGAAGAACCGCAGGAAGAUGCUGAAGGAGAAGAGCCUGAUCAAGAAGAUGAAGCGGAAGAGGAAGAGGAAAAUGAACAAACCACUUCGCAGGACUAUUCAUACCCUCAGAUGAACAUCGGAAAUAUGGUCACCAACAAUGAUCCGACGACUCAAGAUACCCACACCACACAUAAUAACUACUAUCAGCCUGCUUCAGUUCUUGCUCUAUCCCAGCCAGACCCCUACUCGACAAGCUCUCAGCCGUUGGCUACAUCAGUGUCGCAAAGAGAUAAAUACUCCCAUACUCUGCCUGAAGCACAGCCCAUACGCCAUCCACCACCUCCUAUUCCAGCCCCAGCUGGAACGAUUGCCCCUUCUGAGACAAGACGAUGGACAGCCUUUGGUGGUGGUGCCAGUGCCAGUGCUAGUGGCAGCAGUAGCAAGACGCGAAGAAGUCUUCCGUCGGAGCCUCCUCACACGAGCGGACAGAGUGUGUCUACCACGAACCCACAGCCUUCGGACUGGGCUCAAAGCGCCAACACGACUAUGCCCGCAACGACCAUGGCCUCUGUUUCGCCACAAAUGUCGUAUGGUACGCGCUCUGGUCAGCGCUCACGGCAGAAGAACCAAAGCUUGACGAAUGAUACGGCCCAGCAAGCAUCAGCAGUGGCCAAUUCAGCCAUGCAACAGGCGCAAGCGCAAGCACAUGCUCAUACACGCCAAUCACCGGUGGCUGCGGCAGCUAUGAUGGCCCAAGCCCGUAAAUCCCCAUACCAGCAAGUUGCAGUUCCUCGCACGACUUCUAGAACCAGUCAGCGAAACCAGUCCCGAACACCCGUCGCGGAGCAGACGCGAGGCUACCAGCCGCCUCCUCCCGAUUUGAGCCAGCAGCAAUCUACACGACCUAGUGCUCAUUAUGAUACAUCGCAAAUGGCUAGUGGUUCUGGUUACAGUAAUAGCCAUGGUCGAUACAGCAGCAGUAAUACUGCGACAAACCAUCAACCAGCUAUGUCAGCAGCUUCGGCGACACCAACUACUAUGAGCACAUCGUAUCAGACGACUUCGUCAACUGCAAACCAGUGGUCUGGGUCAUCUAGUCGAAACGAUCGCUCAUAUGACAGCAAUUCGUCAUACCAGACCCCUAACGUUUAUGCCCAGGCGGCAUCUUCCAAGCCAGCAUCAGCUUCGGCUUCACGCCAGAACUUUAACAUGCGCAACAAUACACAGCAUAAUACUCGUGGUAGCAGCGGCUCAUACAACCAGCAACCGCAGCAGAACUUUUCGUCUUACCCUGGGUCUUCAAACCAGAACCAACAGGGACAGACACCAAGCCAGCAACAGCAACAAGCACAGGCACAACAACAACAACAGCAGCAGCAGCAGCCAGGCUGGUAUUUCCAAAAUUCACAUAACCCUUCCCUUUAUCAGGGGGGUCAAUCGUCGGGCUAUAAUUAUGAGCCUUGGUCAGGCGUUUAG